GUUGCAAAAGAGCAAGCUGUAAAAGCGUUAAUUUUGGCUCCAAGCAAAGAGUUGUGCAACCAGAUCCAUUCUCAUGUAUUGGAACUGACACAGAAGUGUUCAAGAGAAGUCAGGUGCAUAGACAUCUCUCCGCAGAUGGAUAUAGAAGCUCAGCGUCCGUUGCUGAUCGAGAGACCAGAUAUUGUGGUGGCUACACCAGCCCGAGCCCUACUGCACCUUACAGCUAAGUCCCUGUCGCUCAAGAACUCUUUAGAGAUGCUCGUCAUCGAUGAGGCAGAUCUCAUGUUUUCCUUCGGCUAUGAGGAGACGAUGUUAGAGAAGUUCCUGCCACGAGUGUAUCAGGCCACCCUAGCCAGUGCCACACUCAGCGAGGACGUCCUGUCUCUCAAGAAACUGAUUCUGCACAAUCCGGUGACGUUGAAGCUGCAGGAGUCGGAGCUGGCGCCUGUCACUCAGUUGGAACAUUACAUCAUUAAUGCCGAGGAGCAGGACAAAGCCGCCAUCCUGUACGCAUUCCUCAUGCUGCGGCUCAUACGCGGCAAGACCAUCAUAUUCGUCAACACCGUCGACAGUUUUUACAAACUCAAGCUAUUCCUGGAGCAAUUUGCUAUCAAGACAUGUUUGCUGAACUCGGAAUUGCCUGCCAAUGUGCGUUGUCACGCAGUGACGCAGUUUAACCAAGGUGUUUACGACAUCAUCAUUGCAUCCGAUGAGAAUGCCCUGGAGAAAACACAAUCCAACACUGCACCAGCUGACCCAAAACAGAAAGGGAAGAGGAAACGAGAUAAAGAGUCCGGAGUAGCGAGAGGUAUCGACUUCCAGCAAGUGUCAAAUGUUAUCAAUUUCGAUUUUCCUCUUGAUUUAAGCUCUUACAUCCACAGAGCAGGCCGCACAGCCAGGGGUAACAACCAGGGAACAGCACUCUCCUUUGUCAGCGUGAGGGAGAGACCCAUGAUGGAAUUAGUUGAAGAACAUUUGAAAAAUGACCUUUCUCAUACUGGUUCCAUUUUCAAAACAUACCAGUUUAACCUGGAAGAAGUGGAAGGCUUCAGAUAUCGUGCUAAAGACGCGUGGAGAUCUGUCACAAGAAUUGCGGUUCGAGAAGCCAGGCUUAAAGAAAUCAAAGAAGAAAUGUUAAACAAUGACAGGCUUAAGGGUUUCUUCGAAGAGAAUUCCACGGACUUUAAAGCGCUGAGGCAUGACAGAGCUCUACAUACGGUGAAGUUCCAGCCACACCUGGCCCACGUACCUGACUAUCUCGUGCCUUCUUCACUCAAGAAACUGGAUAUCCCUGGCGUUAAGACCACAUCUAAGAACCGUAGUGGAUCUUAUAUGAGGAGAAAGUACAAGGUGAGACAGAAGAAUCCUCUGCAAACCAUGGAAUUUGAGGGAUUUAGAGGAAAAUCAGAUAAAAAAUAAGUACAAUUAAAAUGUUUAAUGUACACUUUUUAAGAGGAGGUUUGACAUUGUGUAUUGUUUUCUUUGUUAUAAUUGUACAAUAAAUAUUUUAUUA